AUGAAGAUUUCCUUACGCCUCAGCGUGAUUCACGACCGCCAUUCAAUCGCGGAAGACGGAGGAGCGACGAAGAAGUUCGUGUUGGGGGCCUGGCCGCGAAGCCCCAAGGCCCCGAUUCUUUCGGCGCAAGAAGAGGCCUCGCUGGGAGACGCCAGGUCGGGGGGUUUGGCCGUGGUCUCGCUGGAAGAGUCCCAGGUUGCCGCUGUUCAGGAGGAGGUGGCAGCUGCUGUGCUGACGCAUGCCCAGCUGCUGGCGGCCAAGCUGCCGGCCAAAGCCAGCGCCACUACGCUGCUGGUGGCUCCCAGGUGCGAGGUCUUGCGCCGCUUCGAGGACUACUUGGCCGUGUGCGGUUGGCUGGAAGACGCCUUUGAGGAGCUGGAUCUGAACGGCAAGGUGCAGCUGGCCACCUUCCACCCCGAGUUCCGCUUCGAGGAGGCCGGGGAAGAUGCCGCGGACUUUGUAGGGCGCAGCCCCUUUCCGGCCUUCCACUUGCUGCGAGAAGAGGAAGUCUCGGCGGCCUUGGCGAAAGGUCUGCAGGGGCAAGGAGAUGAGGAGUCGGAGCCCGAAGCGGUUGGCCGGCGUGUGUCUGAGCGCAACGCCAGGUUCCUGCGGCAGCGGGGCAUAGAGAAAUGCCUCCGAGAUUUGAGGCCAAAACACUCGAAAAUGGAUAUCGACCUUCUGCACCCGGACUCCAAGGAGGAGAAGGCCAAGCACAAGCUGAAGCGCAUGAUCCAGUCUCCCAACAGCUCCUCGGAUAAAUAA